AUGUCGGACGACUCCAGAGCCAUCAUCAAGGCGCUUGAAUCUGUGCUUGUCCAACUCAGCGAGAAUCCUUAUCCGCAUGUGCCCAACCCACCCAACACGUCCCAGAAGCGAGCCAGUGUCGCUGUGAUCAUACGCGUCCGCCCCGCGUACAGGCCUGUGCUUGCUGCAGGCAACGCCUCAGUCGUAGCCGUCGACACACCCUCUUCACCUCCAUCCUCGCUAUCUGACUUCUUUGCACAAGAUUGGGUGCAGGAAGGCGACCCUGAACUGCUCUUCAUCAAACGCGCCGGCCGAGCAGGAGACAGAUGGUCGGGGCAUGUGGCCCUGCCGGGUGGGAAAAGAGACCCUGAGGAUGAAGAUGACUUGGCUGCGGCCAUUAGGGAGACCCGGGAAGAGAUAGGCUUGGACCUGGAAACGGCCGACUGUCUCCAUGCGGGCAACUUGCCGGAACGACUUGUCACGACCUCCUGGGGCAGAGAUGUGCUGAUGGUACUGUGUCCCUACAUCUUUGUGUUGACGGGCAAGAACGUCCCACCUGUACAGCCACAGCCGACAGAAGUAGCCUCAAUACACUGGGUCUCGCUUCGAGCCCUGCUCUCGCCCACGCUCCGCACGAGGGAGGCUGUGGACAUCUCUGCCCGAUGGGCCAAACGCGUUGGCCCGACUGUUCACAAACUCAUUCGCCUGACAAUGGGCAGAAUGAUGUUCAGCGCAGUCCGUCUCCUUCCUACAGAGUCGGUCUAUGCCAGUUCUAUACCAGACUUUAUACCCCGAGAAGGAGGAGACAACCUCUCCACUUUGUCCGGCUGGGCGCAGGCUCCUUUCGGCGUGCCUUCUUCCAAUUCUGCACACAACCGAUUACUGACCUUUCAGCAACCACUCAUUCUCUGGGGCCUCACCCUGGGCGUGCUUGCGGACCUUCUCGAUCAGCUGCCCCCGUACAACGCGGUGGCAUUGUGGAAAUAUCCUACCUUUACUGUCCCGGACCUCCGUCUCAUUGUUUAUCUCAUGACCCGCCAGUUCCGGAAGAACACGGCCGACGCAUUUUCCUCCGGGUCAUGGUACAGUCAGAAGCAAGCGCGACCACAACGCCGACGACCCAGCCAGACUGCCAUGGACGGCAUGAGCCAGGCCAUUGCGAUAUCGUCUGAGGAAUCACCGCCCGCCAUGGAAGGCCCAGACACGGAGAAAUCCGAAAAACGGUCGUCCUUCAACAAGCAUAGCGUCGGUAUAGGUGGCCUAGGUGUAGGAAAGAGUCCAGACCAUGCCGUUGGCAAACUACUGUACGGAUAUUACGACCGAGUCAAUUGGGCGAUUGGAGUAUUCUUGGCGUACCGGACCGUCCUGACAGCGGGUACGGCGUGGUGGAUAGUCAAGUGGUGGAGAAGACGAAGCGAAGCACGUGUGUGA